AUGGCACACCAGGAGCCCUUCGAUCUGGCUUUGGCAAUCCUCCGGCGAUUGGAGGAUGCCGAGUCACUAGCCCACAUUAUGGUGGAGCAGGGUGGUGGGCUGAGGUUCUUCACCUGCGAGCAUAUCCGAGCGCAAGCGACCAAGGGCAAAGUUCUCUGCAAGGGCUGCGGCUUCUUCUUCGGGGAGGGCAACCCGAUGCGCACCCACGUGCAGAAUGCCACGGAUACUCGCUGCUUCAGCGUGGAGGCAGCAGAAUACUAUCUCCGCCCCUGCCAAGAUGACAUCGCGGCCGGCGCGCCUGAUGGGAGCCCCGCUGGUGUGGCCAAGACCCCCGCUCCCGAUCCGUGCCUCGAGGCAGCGCAGAGGGGCGACCUCGUCGCGCUUCGGGCACUCGUUGAGGCUGGUAGCGAUGCCACGAAGGCUACAGAUCACCGUGGGAAUGGUGCCCUUCACUGGGCUGCCGGCGGUGGUCAUGUCGAUGUCUGCGAGUACCUGCUGCAUGAGCUCAAGAUGGACCCUCGGAUGCGCACCUCAAAACAUCACGGUCGCACAGCGCUCCACUGGGCGGCACGGAACGGUCACGCGGCAGUGUGUGCAUUGCUGCUGGACGCGGCCGGCGAUGAUUUCGUGGAUGCUGCGACGGACGGUGGUGACACUCCCCUCAUGCUAGCUGCCUGGCAGGGCCAUGUCCCGUGCUGCUCGCUCCUUGUUAGUCGACGGGCGGAUGUGCAUCACACGAACAGCUGGGGCUGCAACGCCAUGCACAAGGCUUCGAGGAUGGAUGGGGCGAGCUCCUCCCUGGAGAUGUUGGAGUACCUGACACACAGCAGAGUGGAUGCGAGCCUCGUCAACUGCAAUGGCCAUAACUCCCUGCACAAGGCGGCACAGUUCGGCUCCGUACCGGCAGCGAGAUUCCUCUUGGAUGCCGGUUUGCGGACCAGAGCGGCCGUCACACCCGAUCGAGACCGCAAUGCGCCAUCUGCACUGGCCUUCGCUGCAGGCUUUCGAGCGCUCGCCGCUGAGCUCCGGCAUAUGGAGGACCUGUUGUGGCUGACUCCCGCACUGUACGUCCCCAUGAAAGAGGCCGAAGACUAUCAGACCGACUGCUCCGUCGCGGACAUUUCCUCCUGCACUGAUGCUGAGCACAGGGGAUGA